AUGAAUUCAUCACUAAACAACAUCCACGUGUCACAAGUCACGCCUUCGAACUCUGACUCGUCCGAGUCACUCACUCUCCCGCUUACGUUCUUCGACCUUCUCUGGCUCAAACACAAAGCGGUCGAACGAGUCAUCUUCUACCGACUCACCGACGCAACUCGCUCUUUCUUCGACUUAGUCAUUGUCCCGAAUCUCAAAUCUUCUCUCUCCUCAGCCCUCUCUCACUACCUCCCACUCGCCGGAAAACUCAUCUGGAAUCCACUUGAUCCCAAACCAACCAUCGUCUACUCUCCGAACGACGCCGUUUCCUUCACCGUCGCCGAAUCAAACGCCGCUUUCUCUCGUUUAUCCGGAAACGAACCAUUCCCUCCCUCCGAUCUAUACCCAUUAGUACCCGAGUUACGAGUCUCAGACGACUCAGCCUCCGCCGUGUCGUUUCAAGUCACGUUAUUUCCAAACCAAGGGUUUUGCAUCGGCGUAACCACACACCACGCCGUUUCAGACGGAAAAACGACAACCAACUUUCUCAAAUCCUGGGCCCACACGUGUAACCAAUCAAACAUUCCACUACCGGAGGAUCUAAUUCCAUUUUACGAUCGUACGGUCAUAAAAGGUCCACCGGAGAUCGACACAAAAGUCUUGGCCACGUGGCACUCCACUGAUAAACCCAAAAGCUUGAAGCUUAUACCGAAGCCGCCGGAGAUCGAUUCCGACGUCGUCCGAUUCACAUUCGAACUCACUCGAGAAGAUAUCCAGAAGCUCCGAGAUCGACUCCAGAGAGAAUCGUACUCAGAGAAGCUUCGAUUGUCGACGUUUGUGGUCACAUUCUCUUACGCAUUCACUUGCUUAAUCAGAUCCGGAGGCGAUGAUCCGACUAGACCCGUCGGGUACAGAUUCGCGGUGGAUUGCCGGAGACUCAUAGAUCCGCCGAUUCCGACGAGUUAUUUCGGGAACUGCGUUUUCUCUGCCGUGAAACUCCCGUUAAUGGCGGGGAUGUUUCUUGGUGAAGACGGAUUUGUGGCUGCUGCGAGAUUAAUCAGCGAUUCCGUUGAGGGAUUAGAUUCGAAUGUGGCGUGGAAGAUUCCGGAGCUUUUGGAAACGUACGCGAAUGCUCCGGCAGAAUCGCUAUUUGUUUCGGUUGCUGGGUCGACCCGAUUCGGAGUAUACGGGUUGGAUUUCGGAUGGGGUAAACCGGUUAAGGUAUUGAUUGUUUCGGUUGAUCAGAGAGGAAAGAUAUCGAUGACGGAGAGUAGAGACGGAAAUGGCGGUGUGGAAGUUGGCUUGUCGCUCAAGAAACACGAAAUGAAUGUUUUUAUUGAUUUGCUUCAUGAUGGUUUAAACAAUUAA